AUGCAGCCACAAACCAUCACACUAACUCUCCUCCUCUUGGUGCCAUUUUCGGCCGCCCUUUCGUGCCGCAGUUGCCACUCGUGGAACAAGACGGCCUGUGUCCGCGAACCGUGGACGUUACUGUCCAAAGACUGCCCACCGGAGGACACCGAGUGCGCAACGGUUAUAAUAUCCGCGACGGGUCACCUCUUCCGGGGAUGUUCUACGGACGCCGAGUGCGUCCAGGAAGGUGAGGCCUGCGUCAAGUGUGACGCGUUCCGGGACUGCAACACCCUGCUGUAUCCGGCGUCGGGACGGUUGAACUGCAACAUUUGCCAGACUUCGGCGAAUGGCAACUGUGCAACGCUGCCGUACUACAAGCAGUUUGAAAAGGGCUGCAUUCGUCACGUGGCUGGGGAUGAGUGCGUGACGAUUUUCGAUGGAUUCCAGGUGGUUCAGCGGGAGUGUUGGUCGGGGUUGACGGCCACGGAUUUGGGGAUGUGCGAGCAGGGUAGCAACCAGUGUGUGGCUUGUAGAGGGGUGGCUUGCAACAAGGUUAGGGUGAGGGUGGAUGAUAGCUGCUUGCAGUGCACGUCGGAUGCAGGGAACUGUGGUAAUGGUCGGCGGGGUAGUGUUCGGUGUGGGAAGGUUUCCGCUGGGAUGUGUUACAAUCGGUUGGGCGAGGAUCGGAAGCUUUAUCGGGGUUGUUUGUCGGAUUUGAGCGCGGAGCAGCAAGCGGCUUGCUUGAGUGGGAACGAUCGGUCCUGCGAGACUUGCCAGGGUACGGGAUGUAACAGGAAUCUGUUUCCGGCGGACGCACUGCAGUGUGUGCAGUGUACAAGCGAUGACCUGGACUGCGUGCAACGGCAAGUUGACGACACGUUGGUGAAACCUUGCCCACUUUAUGUCAGCGGAGACAAGUGCUACACCAGACUUCACAGUGAUGGAACGCUGGACCGUGGUUGUUAUUCGGGUCUUUCGAUACCGUGUGAUCCCCUGUUCAAUGUGACCUGUACCAUGUGCGAGGGGGAGGCUUGCAAUCGGGAGGUUUACCCCGCAGGAAGGCGAUCGUGCUACCAGUGCGAUGGGUUGGACGAUCUGAACUGCGCUGCGGAUCAAGCAACGAGGAGCAACGGCUCGAUGGUUUGUCGUAACUUUGCCGAACAAGAUGGGUGCUACACAUUGCUGGAGAAUGGAAAAGUGAUCAGAGGAUGCAAAUCAGACUUCUCAGUAGAUGUUUGCAAAGGUUUAGAAAGGACGCAGUGUCAAGUUUGCGACAAGGACGAUUGUAACGGAAUAUCGGAACUCAGACUACGAUCCUGCGUGGGAAAAGUGAUUUUCGACACUUUAUUGUUAUUGAUUGUAAUUAUUCAUGCAAUUUUCAUGUUACAAUAAAUGUAAUCACAAAUACGAAUUCGGACAGCAGACGACCGACGUCUGCCCGUCA